AAAAUUAAUGAAUGGUUUGUUUUUAAUGUCUGCGGUAAAAGAAAUAUUUACAAACUACUCAAGUUGUUGAAGUAAGUUAAGUAAACAGAGGAGAUGUAAGGGAACACGAAAAGUCAAAGUUGAUAAUCCAAGCCUGAUAUAAGCAAUGUUCCGGUAGCACGAGUUGAGGAAGUCUAUCAUGAACAGCCGAAUACUGCUUGUUUAUAUCGUGUUGUUGCCUUGGGUUUCGUGUUCCCCCACGUCCCAGUGCGGCUCAACAAGGUCAACAGAGUAUACUGUGACCGUGGAAUCGAUGGCACGUCAACAAAAGGCCAAAAGAUUCUUGCUAAUCACUCAAAACCUUAGCGGUGAAUUCAGGGUGUCUUUCACCGGGAGGAGAGGAGCAUCAGGGACAAAAUUCAUCCACAAAAUGGGAUGUUCCGGUCAAAACAUGGUCUUUUCCCUCAGACCUUCCAAAAAGCCGGACUCUAUCUUAGCUGCGGAGAAUGGACAGUUGGUGGUAAAGAAUGCAUCGACAGUGGAUCUUACAGACAACAAAUUUAAGUUUGAAAAGAAAAGGAUCGCUAUGAUUUACAAUGACAGUGACCGAAACUCGGAGGUUCAAAUGGAUUAUUACGCACUAAUGUCUUUAUCCAGACCUCAAGCGGUAAUUAAAGGAAAUCGCAAGUCUGGAAAAGUGUCCCUUGAUAAGGAAAAGAACUGGAGAGACUGUCGCGCAUGGUUAAAAAUAGACAUGAUAUAAGGAUGUGCCCACUUUGAGGUUACUAUGGUAACUGAGAUUAGUUAUAGUUAUUGAGAUUACUUUCGAGGUUACUGUAGUUCUUCUGUUAAAAGUAAUGGGACAUGACUCAUUGAACAAAAACUUAAAUAUGCAUUACAUCAUUCUCAACUUCGGGAUUUUCACCCUCGUUAAUAUUGAAAAGCAAUAAAAUAUUGGUAGUAAAUCGCGCUUAGUUACGUGCGCCUGAUUUUAACUUUAACUUUAUGUGAAAGUCAUUUACUUACGUAGGUACGAAGCUCUGAAACAGUCUGCAUUCAAUUGUAAAACAGGCCAUCAAUGUUGCCCAUUCUAAGAAUAAACUAACAACAAAAGACUUUUAAUUUUUUUCUUUCAUUCCACCAUUGUUCUAUGGUGAUUUUAAAUUUACUUUAUAUAUUUAAUUCUUAGUAUUGAUGUUUAGUUAAUAGUUAAAAGUUAUGUAUCAGAUUUAAGUAAAUUUUUUAAGCUUAAGAUUUUUACCUCUGUAAAUUACGCGCAUCUUAGUGUUGUUUUAAAACGAUUUUUGUAACCAG